AACCAAACCAUUAUGCUCCACUUCCAUGUUCGUGCUUGGAGUUAUAUAUCUCCAAAAUAUAAAAAGAGAGACUUGUUGCUUGAUAUCUUGAGACACAUGAUUGCCAUCACAGAUGAGACGAAUGCAAUGUGUGAUGAAGAUAUAGAAGAACUCUUGUACAAACAGUUGAAAGGGAAAAGGUACCUCGUUGUCAUGGACGACAUGUGGAGUAAGGGGGCAUGGGAUGAUUUGCGGCCGUCAUUUCCAGAUGACUCAAAUGGUAGCAGAAUGUUGAUAACAAGCCGUCUGAGCAAUGUUGUUUCAGAAAUUAGUGAUCCACAUCCUCUCCGUCCUCUCUCUCCGGAAGAAAGCUGGGAAUUGUUAAAAUUAAAGAUUUUUCAGGAAAAAGAGUGUCCUCAUGAGCUGUUGGAAGUUGGUAAGCAAAUUGCAAGGAAUUGUAAAGGCCUGCCUCUUGCCAUUGGUGCAAUAGCAGGCCUUCUUCAUAGGACUUGCGGAGAGAGCAAAGACAUGUGGAAUCGAAUUGCUGACAGUGUAAGCUCGCGGGUGGUAAAUGAUCCAGAAACUCAAUGCAAGAAAAUACUAGAGCUCAGUUACAAUCAUUUACCUGAUCAUUUGAAAGCUUGCUUGCUUUACUUUGGAGCAUUUCCGAAGGACAAGGACAUUCCAGUUUGGAGGUUGCAGUGGCUAUGGAUCGCGGAAGGAUUUGUACAUAAACUGGAAUGUAAAAGCUCUGAGGAUCUUGCAGAGGAUUAUUUAAUGGACCUAAUAGGCAGGAGCCUAGUCAUGGUGGCGAAAAGAAAAUCAAAUGGUAAGGUGAAAGCAUGCCGAGUUCAUGAUGUAAUGCGCGAUUUGUGCAUUGUACGAGCUAAAGAGGACAAUUUUUUGCAGUCGGUAUCAGCUGAUGAUGAACCUUAUUCUUCUUUCAAUGGUUUGAGCUGUGAUCUUCCACUUGAGCUCUUCAUUACUUCAAAUGAGAGAACUUACAUGGACUAUCGACUUAGCUUCUAUGUGAAUAGAAAACAUUUUGUGGUAUCAAGGCCUUCCGGUCCAUCUGUCCGAUCUCUACUAUUCUUUGCCACCCCCGAUCAGUACCCAAGAUGCCCCUAUAAUGUCUCCUUCAUUCCUACCAACUACAGACGUCUUAGGGUGUUGGAUUUGGAAUCCAUUAAUAUGGGUGAGUACCUUGAAUUUGGAAUGGAACAUCUUGUUGAUUUGAGAUAUUUAGCUGUUUGUGGUGAUAUAGAUUCUAUCCCAUCAUCUUUAUCCAACCUAGAGCACCUGGAAAGUUUAAUAGUGAAGAGUCUGAAGAGUAAUGUCAAGUUGCCAGAGACCAUAUGGAACAUGCAGAAGCUGAGGCAUUUAUGCAUAAGUAAAUGUGCUACAUUCGAUUGGGGGUGGACCGAAGAUGAAAUACCUACCAUGGGAUCGCUUCCUAGCUUGGUAUCACUUUCUCUUCUGUGUUUUACAUGCUGGGAGGUAAUAGAUGGCCUGAAAAUGAGGUUUCCCAAUCUUCAGAAACUUAGGUGCAUAGUUCUAAAACCAAGAGAUAUUUAUGAGGGAUUUUCUUCAUUCCCUGCAUUCGAGUCGCAAUGCAAGUUGGAGUCACUGAAUAUAUCAUACUAUGGCAAGGUUCUGAAUGCUGGCGAGUUGAAGUUUCCUUCCAGUAUAAAGAAGUUGACGUUAUCAAACUUUCGCUUGCCUUGGAGCCACAUCUCAGUGAUUGGGAGAUUACAUCAUCUGGAGGUCCUUAAAUUGGUUUCUGAAGCAUUUGAAGGUUCAAGUUGGACCAUGGAAGAAGGAGAGUUUCUUAACCUCAAGUACUUGAAAUUGGACACGCUAAACAUUGUCCAUUGGGAGGCCAUCAGUGAGCAUCUACCCCGGCUUCAACAGCUCAUUGUGCGAAAAUGCGAGCAGCUUGAGGAGAUCCCUUUUGACUUUGUCAGCAUCUCCACCUUGGUGAAAAUUGAAGUUCAACAAUGCGGAAUAUCACUGGAAGAAUCUGUAAGAAGGAUUGAGGAGGAAGAAAUUGAGGGGCUCAAGAUUUUUAUCAACAACUCGUAUUCAAGCACAUAAGAGAUGUCAGAUCUAAUUUCUUGAUCACAACUCAAGCUUGAAGAUGGAAGCAAU